AUGCACGAUCAAGAUUCUGAACGCAUUUCGACCUUGGUUCCUAGGAAUCAGCCUGUUAGGACCAAACGUACAGAUUCGGACGAUUCUCCGGUUUACAAGUCUCUGUCCAGUCGAUCGUAUGAUUCUCCUCCUAGGAAUAUGCUCGUAAAGCAGUAUACAAAUCCGGUCUUUAAAUCCUCGCCAAAGGAGUCGAAUAAUAAUAUGCUCGUAAAGCAGUACACUUCUCUAGUGGAUAAAUCUUUGCCAACGCUCUCAAAUGAUACUCAUACUCAAAAAAAGCUUCCAUUGACACGCUUGAGUGAUCAUCUUGAUGUUCACAAGUGUACAUCAAAUCGAUCAAGUCAUCGCGAUUUAAAGGUUGUUGAAUUGAGGGUGUCAAUUCAUUGCAAGGGUUGCGAAGGAAAAUUGAGAAAACAUAUCUCUAGAAUGGAAGGAGUUACAUCAUUUAGUAUAGAUUUGGCCACCAAAAAAGUGACGGUAAUCGGGGACUUGACACCUCUAGGCGUACUUACGAGUAUUUCCAAGGUGAAGAGUGCCCAGUUUUGGCCGUCUCCAACUUCUUCGUCUUCAUCUCCAAGAGUCGGUCCGACCAAUUAA